AUGAAGAUUUUACAUUUAUUCAUUUUUUGUCUAAAUAUUCUAUUGUCAAUAGCUCAAUCCCCUGAUAAGUUAUAUGGUGAACUAUUUCAGGCUGUACAACUUAAUCGUAUAUUUCCUGAUUCGAAAACAUUUUGUGAUGCUAUUCCACGUGAUCUUACUCCAAAUGCAAUUCGUGAUUUAUAUCGAGAAGAAAAUCCUCAGCCAACAUUUAAUUUAACUUCAUUUGUUUUAAAUCAUUUCAUUCUACCAAAUACAACAACUAUUGUACAUGAUAAAUGGACAAUUGAACAACAUUGUCAUAAUUUAUGGCCAUUAUUAACACGAACAACAAAACAUGUUACUUUUUCAUCAUUUAUAGAUGUUCCACAUCCAUUUGUUGUACCCGGUGGACGUUUUGGGGAAUUUUAUUAUUGGGAUACUUAUUUUACUAUGUUGGGUUUACUUCGAUCAAAUCAAAACGAUUUAAUAAAUAAUAUGUUAGAGAAUUUUGCUUUUCUAAUUCGAAAUAUGACUUUUAUUCCAAAUGGUAAUCGAUAUUAUUAUGAAGGACGAUCUCAACCACCAUAUUUUUCAUUAAUGACAGAAUUAACAAAACAAACAGAUAAAUAUAAAGAUGUACUAGAACAAGAAUAUCAGUUUUGGAUGACGAAAAGAAACAUUACACUUUUCGAUGGAACGAUUUUAAAUCGAUAUUAUGAUGAUAAAAGUGAUGGACCAAGACCAGAAGCAUAUCUUGAAGAUAAAGAAAUAGCAAAUAAAACAAAUACACCAGAUAUUUAUGAUCAUCUUCGAGCAGCUGCUGAAUCUGGAUGGGAUUUUAGUUCACGAUGGAUGGAAGAUGAAGGAGAUUUAUCAACAAUAAGAACAGCAGAUAUUCUUCCUGUUGAUCUUAAUUCUUUAUUAUAUCAUUUAGAAGUUACAUUAGGUAAAAAAGAUGAAGCUGAACGUCGUCGACAAGCAAUAUACAAAUAUAUGUGGUCAUCUGAAAUACAAUUUUUUACUGAUUAUAAUCAUAUUUCAAAUAAACCAACAAAUCGAUUAACAUUAGCUGCUCUUUAUCCACUAUGGCUUGAUAUUGCAAAUGAAGAGCAAUCUCAAAAUGUUGCUCGUCAAGUUGAAUCAAAAUUUUUACGUGAUGGUGGUGUUGUUACAACAUUAUCAAAUCGUAGUACACAACAAUGGGAUAGUCCUAAUGGAUGGGCUCCAUUACAAUAUAUUACUUAUCGUGCUUUACUUAAAAUGCCUGCUUAUGAAACAGUUGCAAGAACAAUUCGUGAUCGAUGGAUGAGUUUAAAUCAACGUGUUUUUGACGAUACAGGUAAAAUGAUGGAAAAAUAUGAUGUCGUAAAUAUAAAUAAACCGGCUGGUGGUGGUGAAUAUGCAACACAAGAUGGUUUUGGUUGGACAAAUGGAGUUUAUUUAGAAAUGCUUCAUGAUCAACAAUCAUCAAAUUCUAACAAAUAUCAAUCAACUACUUUUCUAAUUAGUUUUUUUAUAUGUUUUUAUUUUGUGAUACAUCGUUAUUUUUUUAAUUCUAAAUAA